UGGCGCGCCCGUUUUGAAGCUGCCCUGAGUUGGGCGGGCCCCGCCGCGGUCCGGCCUUCCGCCUCCGCCGGGCUCCCGAGUCCGCGCAGCCCCUGGGCGGGGCGCCGCCGUACCCCUUGACCCCUGACCGAUGACCCCGGACCUCGACGCCCGCCGGGCAGUUGAUGCCACACCAGACCUCGGGCCCGCCACGCCCGCCGGGCCGCUGCCUCCUCACCGGGCCCCGGGCGCGCCACGCCCGCCGGGCCGGGCGACUUCACCCGGGACCCCCGUGGGGCUCGUCCCCUCUGGCGGCCGUCGCCUACUACGCGGAGAUCCAUUCAGGCCGGACUUCGGUCCCGGCUCCAGGCACCUGUGCAGGAGGAAGGAGUCCCCCUGGAAGGAGGGGCCGAGCCCCGGAGAUGCCGCCCGGCAAAGUCCUGCAGCCCGUCCUGAAGAUGAAGGUGGACGAGCUCUUCAUGUGCUGGCUCAGCGAGUCCAGCACGCAGGCAGUGCUCCAAGACUGCUUGCAGAGGAUCAAGAUGCCCGGGGGGCCCGAGGGGGGCGGGGGAGACUCAGGGCAGCCCGGGCCCCCGUUCGCAGCCCCGGCCCUCGCCUGCAGGCCGCGCGGGUUGGAUAGCCCAGGGGCGCCCAGCCCGUCCUCCGCGUCCACCGCUCUCCCCCUGGGAGCCGCCUCUAGUGCCCGGAGUGGACCACCUGUUCGAGGGCCUCGUCGAUCCGCAGGGACGAGAGUAGUGCAGACGAGGAAGGAGCAGCCCCUGCCGCCCGCCGCCAGCCUGAGCAUCCCCACGUUCUACUUCCCCCGAGGCCGCCCGCAGGACACCGUCAACGUAGACGCCAGCAUCGCCAAGAUCGAGAGGACUUUCGCCCAGUUCCCGCACGAGAGGGCCACCAUGGGGGACAUGGGCAGAGUGGCCAAGGCUGAUGUACCAAAUCCUGCAGACCGGGUGGCUUAUAAACAACAGAAGUUUACUCCUCAUAGUUCUGGAGGCUGGACGUCUGAGAUCAAGGCCUGCGGCUGCCCGCUCUACUGGAAGGGGCCGCUCUUCUGCGGCGCCGGGGGAGAGCGCACGGGCUCCGUCUCCGUGCACAAGUUCGUCGCCAUGUGGAGAAAGAUGCUCCAGAGCUGUCACGAUGACGCGGCCAAGUUCGUCCACCUGCUCACGAGCCCCGGCGGCAACUCCCUGGCGCAGGAGGACUUCGUCCCCUUCUUGCAGGACGUGGUGAACACCCACCCGGGCUUGGCAUUCCUGAAGGAAGCGUCAGAGUUCCACUCCCGCUACAUCACCACAGUCAUACAGAGGAUCUUCUACACGGUCAACAGGUCUUGGUCCGGGAGGAUCACGUGCGCAGAGCUCCGGAGGAGCACGUUCCUGCAGAACGUGGCGCUCCUGGAAGAUGAGGUGGACAUCAACCAGCUGACGGAGUUCUUCUCCUACGAGCACUUCUAUGUCAUCUACUGCAAGUUCUGGGAGCUGGACACGGACCACGACCUGCUCAUUGACGCGCAGGACCUGGCCCGGCACAAUGACCACGCCAUAUCCACCAAGAUGAUCGACAGGAUCUUCUCCGGAGCCGUGACGCGAGGGAAAAAAGUGCAGAAAGAAGGAAAAAUAAGCUACGCUGACUUUGUCUGGUUCCUGAUCUCUGAGGAAGACAAGAAAACCCCGACCAGCAUUGAGUACUGGUUCCGCUGCAUGGACCUGGAUGGGGACGGGGUGCUGUCCAUGUUCGAGCUGGAAUACUUCUAUGAGGAGCAGUGCCGCCGGCUGGACAGCAUGGCCAUCGAGGCCCUGCCCUUUGAGGACUGCCUGUGCCAGAUGCUGGACCUGGUGAAGCCCCAGAGCGAAGGGAGGAUCACGCUUCACGACCUGAAGAGGUGCAAGCUGGCCAGCGUCUUCUUCGACACCUUCUUCAACAUCGAGAAGUACCUGGACCACGAGCAGAGGGAGCAGAUCUCGCUGUUCAGGGACAGCGAGAGCGAGGGCCCCGAGCUGUCCGACUGGGAGAGGUACGCCGCUGAGGAGUACGACAUCCUGGUGGCUGAGGAGGCCGUGGGGGAGCCCUGGGAGGACGGGUACGAGGCAGAGCUCAGCCCCGUGGACCAGAAGCUGAGUGCGCUGCGGUCUCCGCUGGCCCAGAGGCCCUUCUUCGAGGUGCCAACCGGCCUGGGCGCCGUCGAGCUAUAUGAGUACGAGCGCGGGGGUGACGACCUGCCGCCCUCGUGACCUGUGGCCUCCGUGGGGCGUGAGCGCAGCCUCUGCCUCAGGAACAGAACUGUGUGCUUGUUGAGCCCUUUUACAGGAAGUGAAGUGCGUUUGUAUGGAGAGACAUUCUUAUUUAUUCAGCACAGAAGCUGGUCAGAGACGGUCAUGGUCACUGAGGUGGGUCCCCACCCGCCCCGGAGGAGCUGAUGCGCGUGCGAGGGCCCCAGGCCUGGCCUGGCGGUGAGGACGCACACGCCCCAGCGUCCCCGGCGGGCAGGGUGACCUCGGCCCCGCUGUCCAGCUUCCAAGUGUAGGUGUUUCCAGGCUCGCGUCGUCUGGCUGAGCGGCAACCAGGCGCCGCCCCAGAAGAUCUGCCCGCGGUCGUGGAUGUGCGCUGACUUCGGGGCCGGGUGUGGUCGUCAGGAACAUUCCAGAGCCCCGGCGCCUCCAUCCCGUGGGCGCACCCGCAGGGGCCACUGUCCCGGCCGCAGCUUCUCCCCCAGAGGGAGUGCCCACGUCAGCAUAUCUUUAACUGUUUUUGUGUAAAUGUACAGCAUACGUAAAGUUGAGUUUUAUUUGCUGUGCAGAGCAGUUUAAAAACGUUUUAUGA